UCCAUAUCUAACCCGUCAUCUAACCUAGAACUGAAGUCUGAUGCUGGUUGGCGUUUCGCGGGAGAGGUAUUUGCAUCUCCGUCUAUACCUGUAGGCCUGAGAAUGGCGCAAUUAGAAGACGCUCUGAGAAUCCGCCAUUUCCGUCGUCUCCCCUCCUCCGAAGAAUUCUCUGCCGAGAUCGAACCCUCUAACGUACCUGCCGUGUUCUAUGGCGCUAUCAAAGGAUGGGAAGCGAUCAGCAAGUGGAACCCUUCCAAGGGGGGCCUCGAUUAUUUGCAGGAAAGAGCUGGGUCUGCUGUUGUGGAGGCUAUGCUGUCCAAAUCAGCCCCAGUUUUUUAUGGAGACCUUAGAAGCCAUGAGAGGGUUCCUGUUCCUUUUUCCACCUUCAUCACAUCUUGCAAAUCUUACCAGAAAGAAGCGAGUACUUCUAAUAAAAAAGAUAUGGAUAUGGAGCUGGCUUAUUCUAAAGAAGAACAAACAUCUUUAUUGGAUAUCCCUGAUUUUAUUUAUUUAGCACAAGUCCCCAUUUUGAGUGCCAAAAUUGAAGAGACCUGUCCAUUGGAAAUUUUGAGAGGUGAUUUAGAAAUGCCAAAUUUUCUGGGAAACAAUACCAUAGAAUCGAUCAAUUUAUGGAUGAAUAGGGCUUCUUCUAGAUCUAGUACGCACUAUGAUCCACACCAUAAUCUGCUUUGCAUUGUUGCUGGUUGUAAACGAGUUGUUUUAUGGGCUCCUUCUUCAUCUCCCUUACUAUACCCAAUGCCUGUAUAUGGAGAAGCAUCAAACCAUAGUGCCGUUGAUCUAGUAAAUCCUGACUUUUCAGUGCAUGGUAGAGCCCUGACUUCAAAGGAAUAUUCACAAGAGAUUGUUCUUCAUUACGGUGAUGCUCUCUUUAUACCUGAGGGUUGGUUUCAUCAGGUGGAUAGUCAUGAUCUGACUGUUGCAGUGAACUUUUGGUGGAAAUCUUGUACGAUUUCUAACAUGGUAGAGCACAUGGAUGCUUACUAUCUUCGUCGAAUCUUGAGUAGAUUGGUGGACAAAGAAAUGAAUGACAUGUUGAGAAGCUUAGAAGGUUGCUCAAAAGGUGGUAACCAUGCCCCAAAAACUGAUGUCUUAAAAGGUGACUCUUAUUUUGAGUCAAAUGAUCCGAUUACGCAUGCUGAACAGAGCAUAUUGGCAUCAGAUCCGCUGGAACCCCAUGAACUUAAUGUACUUUACCAAAUAGUUUCAUUGGUUCAUGAAAAUCUCAGCCCAUCAAGUCAUGGUGAAGCUUCAGGUUUUACUCCAAAAGUAUCAGGCAUCAACGUGGAUGGAGAUCAAAAGAGCAAUGCAGCUAUGUAUUCAUCUAUAGUGCUAAACAACCCUGUUGCAAGCAUACUUUGGGCUGUUGAUCCAUUAGCACUCCAAAAAGUUAUAUUAUCUAUGGUGAAUCGGUUCCCAAGAACAUUGGAAGCUCUUAUCAUACACAUGCUUUCGCCAACAGCAGCUGAAGUUCUUACAAGGAAGUUUGAUGAAAUGGAUAAGGAAACCACCAAGGAACAACAGAGUGAGUUUUACCAGCAAUUCUAUAGUGUUUUUGAUGAUCAAUACGCUGCAAUGGAUUCAAUUCUUCAUGGAAAAGAAUUCUUCUCUUUCCAGGCAUUUUGUAACGUGCUUGAUAAGUACCUGGGCGUAUCUGUUGAUGAAAAUCGGACGUAUCAUCAGAAGGCACAGCUUAGAUCUGACCGUUCAGGUUCCUGAGCUGAUUUGGGUCAAGAAACAGCCCAAUGCCUGCAGUUCCCGGUUCAGUCCUUCAUUAUUAUUUUGUCAGAAGUGGUUCUACUGCUGUUUGACCCAUGACUCACGGCGAGAUGAUUUAUAUAUUUGUUCUGUUGAUUCCUGUUGUUGUACUGAGAUUGCCCUAAAAGCUUGGUUACGCAUUUAGUGUGUAAGCUGGUUUGUUUGCCUUUGGGUAGCUGUUGCCCGCAAAACUUGUUUACUGUUUGGUGAAUUUGGGCUUAUAUAUGGCUAAUUUUAAUUGUCAUCUGUGCCUUCACAUUGGGCUGAUUGCUUGCCAUUUGGUUCAUAGGUUUGUCAUGGGCCUUGACUUGGCUUAUGCUGGUGACUAGCUCUGAUACAUGAAGUGGGCUGAUUAGGAAUACUUGUUGAUGUGCACUGCAAAUUAUAUCUUUUAUACAUAUAGGUGUGCAUAUCAUCCUAGUUGACAUUAUGAAACUCUAAAUCCUCAGACGUAAGUAAAAUUAUCAACAAUCAAAAUCUUAUAAAUAAUCAUAUAGCACACA